UCUGUGCCAGUCCUCCUCUAUGUUUGUGUGGGUUGCCACCACAGCAUGGCUGAUGAGUGUUGUAGGUCUCCGCCCCGGAUCUGAACCUGCGAACCUGGGCCACCGAAGCGGAGUGUGCCAAACGUAACCACCACACCAGGGGGCCAGCCCCCCCGAACUUUCUGAUUUUUGCCACUCUUGCAUGCAGAGCCUCAUCUGAGUUUGAACCCAGUCUCAUCUGCGUGAGAUCAAGCAUCUCUUCAAAUGCACAUAAGCUGUUUGUAUUUCCUCGGCCUCAAAAACUCUCACAAGUUCCUCAGUGCCUGGCACUGUGUUAACAUGAAACGCGUGUCUGCCUGUCCUCAGAACUCCGUGUGGCGGGACUCUGAUUAUCCCCCUUCACAGGUGAGGGAUGGAGGCUCGCUUCCCCGGGUCACGGGGCCGGGCGUAGAAGUCCCCAGAACAUGCUGCUGCCCCCAAGACCCAGUGGGGCUCAACCUGCCCUCCCGCCCUGAUACUCUUUGACCCCAGGAUGGGGCUGGAUCCCAGGGGCCCUCAGGUUGGCCUUCUAGAGACAGGAGUCCCUGCAAGGUGAGCUUCCCGCCCCCUGUGUCCCAGCUCUUGGCUGUCCCCAGGCCUCACCCUUUUCCUGUUUUGACGCUGGCCCAGCCCAGCCCGGAGACAGGGGCAUGAUAGCUUAAUCCUCCAGGAGGGGCCAUGAUGGAGGAUUCUGUCAGCUCACCCACCUGCCAACCUGCCUCUUCCCUGCACACAUGACCACUCCACCUGGUGCACGACGCAGGGUCUCCUGAGCCCCAGCACCCUGCCUGAGUGGGCAGAGUCCCCCCGUGGGAGUCCCUCAUCUCUCCCUCCAGACAGCAGGUGGGGUGGGCGCUCCAGGUGCCCGCCCUGUGUUCAGCCCUGGCUGCCGCCGCCACACUCGUAAAUCAGGGGGCGGAGGGGGUGUCGGAAAUGGGCCUGUGGAAUGUCUGGAUGAGGUGGGGGGGCCUUUAACUCUUAGAAGCACGGGGUGUGGGCCUGCCUGGCCCCAAAGAUGCAGGAGAUGAGCUGGCGUGGGACAUGGGGGGCCUCGUCCCCGUGCAGUGGCCGGCAGCGAAGAGGUUAUUUCUUCAGCCCAGGCAGAGGAUAAAUUGAGGGCUCGGGGCGUCCCCAUCCUCAGGACCUGCCCGUCAGAAUGGCCACAGGAAGCGUCGUGCUCGGCUCUCUGCUGCUUCUGCUGCUGCAGCUGGGCCUCGGCGGGGACCCUGGUGCUCGGGGGGCUCCAGUGGCGGAGGGAGAGCUCCUGUCUGAGCCAGCGGCAAAGAGAGGGACCCCAAAGCCACAGCUGGGUGCCCGCCUGCGCCGAGCCUCGGCCAGCCCGUGCCAGCUGUGGAGCCUGUCCCUGCCCGUGGCAGAGCUGGGCCUGGGCUACACGUCGGAGGAGACGGUCAUCUUCCGCUACUGUGCUGGCAGCUGUCCCCGCGGCGCCCGCACCCAGCACGGCGUGACGCUGGCCAGGCUCCGGGGCCAGGGCCGAGCCCACGGUGGGCCCUGCUGCCAGCCCACCCGCUAUGCCGAUGUGGCCUUCCUCGAUGACCGCCACCGCUGGCAGCGGCUGCCCCAGCUCUCGGCGGCUGCCUGCGGCUGCGGUGGCUGAGGAUGCCCGGCCUGGGGCCCUGCAGCCGCAAGAGGAGCUCUGCUGACCUAUUUAUUGCAGAUCUGGACGCCGAGAAGACGAGACGGGGAGGUGGGCUGGGGCCGCCAGCAAGGAGCACAAUAAAGAAAAUUGCUCCUGCAGCCUCGUGACUGUGUGUUCAGCCAGGAUGUGCCUGAACCCUGCCACCUUAGCUCCCGAG